CCAGUUAGGCUCCUCCCCCACAGGACAAGGUGCGAGGAAGUUCAAAAUCUGUGCGGACAUCUGCCUUCCAUCCUCACACAGACACACACAGACACACACAGGCAGCACAGAGGUCCACACACACACACAGACACACACAGACACACACACCUGGCUGCUGAAGUCAUGUCAGGAACACAAAGAACACUCACUCAAAAUCCUCUGGAGAAAAUUUGGGUGCCAUCAUUGAAAAGCAGACUGAGUCAACGCAGGGGCUCGUCGGUGCCCCAGUUCACCAACUCUCCCACCAUGAUCGUGAUGGUGGGACUCCCGGCCCGAGGGAAGACCUACAUCUCCAAGAAGCUCACCAGAUACCUGAACUGGAUCGGAGUUACCACCACAGUGUUCAACGUGGGCCAGUAUCGCAGAGACGCUACCCGCUCCUACAACAGCUUCGAGUUCUUCAGACCAGACAACGCAGAGGCCAUGAAGAUACGCAAAGCCUGUGCUGUGGCUGCCCUGAAGGACGUGUGUGAUUACUUCACCAGGGGGAUGGGGCAGGUCGUGGUUUUCGAUGCCACUAACACAACCCAGGAGCGGAGAGAGGUCAUCCUCAGCUUCGCCAAAGAAAACGGUUACAAGGUUUUCUUUGUAGAGUCGAUAUGUGACGAUCUAGACAUCAUUGCUGCGAAUAUUAAACAAGUGAAGCUGAGCAGUCCAGACUACGUAGACUGUGACAAAGAGGAAGCUGUGACCGACUUCCUCAAGAGGAUCGAAUGUUACAAGUUGACGUAUCUGCCCCUGGACGACGACAAGGACAGGAAUCUGUCUUACAUUAAGAUCUUCAACGUGGGCAGCAGGUACCUGGUGAACCGGGUCCAGGACCACAUUCAGAGCCGGAUCGUCUACUACCUCAUGAACAUCCACGUCACCCCCCGAUCCAUCUACCUGUGUCGCCACGGAGAGAGCGAGCUCAACCUCGUGGGUCGGAUCGGGGGGGACUCCGGGCUGUCCCCCCGCGGGGCUAAGUUUGCCAGUGCUCUGGGUGCCUACAUGCGAGGGCAGUGCAUCAGUGACCUGAAGGUGUGGACCAGUCACAUGAAGAGGACCAUCCAGACGGCCGAGGCACUGGGAGUCCAGUACGAGCAGUGGAAGGCCCUCAAUGAGAUCGAUGCUGGUGUGUGUGAGGAGAUGACCUAUGAGGCCAUUCAGGAGAAUUACCCAGAGGAGUUUGCACUGAGGGACCAAGACAAGUAUCGCUACCGCUACCCUAAGGGAGAGUCCUACGAGGACCUGGUCCAGCGCCUGGAGCCGGUCAUCAUGGAGCUGGAGAGGCAGGAGAACGUCCUGGUCAUCUGUCACCAGGCGGUCAUGAGAUGUCUGCUCGCCUACUUCCUGGACAAGAGCGCCAAUGAGCUCCCGUACCUGAAGUGUCCUCUGCACACGGUUCUGAAACUCACCCCCGUCGCCUACGGUUGUAAGGUGGAGUCUGUCUUCCUCCACAUUGAAGCUGUCAACACACACAGAGACAAGCCCGAGAAUGUGGACGUGGACAGAGACCCAGCGGAGGCGUUAGAGACGGUGCCAGACCACAUCUAGAGGAAUCAGACCCGCGAGCUGGUGCCAGCUCCACCCACCAGCUCCACCCACCAGCUCCACCCACCCUGAUGGACGCAGCUGGUUUCAGCUCCACCCACCCUGAUGGACGCAGCUGGGUUCAGCUCCACCCACCAGUAUGGACGGAGCUGGUUUCAGCUCCACCCACCCUGAUGGACGCAGCAGGUUUCAGCUCCACCCACCCUGAUGGACGCAGCUGGUGUCAGCUCCACCCACCCUGAUGGACCGAGCUGGGUUCAGCUCCACCCACCCUGAUGGACGCAGCAGGUUUCAGCUCCACCCACCCUGAUGGACGCAGCUGGUUUCAGCUCCGCCCACCCUGAUGGACCGAGCUGGUGUCAGCUCCACCCACCCUGAUGGACGGAGCUGGGUUCAGCUCCACCCACCCUGAUGGACGCAGCUGGGUUCAGCUCCACCCACCCUGAUGGACGCAGCUGGUGUCAGCUCCACCCACCCUGAUGGACGCAGCUGGGUUCAGCUCCGCCCACCCUGAUGGACCGAGCUGGGUUCAGCUCCACCCACCCUGAUGGACCGAGCUGGUGUCAGCUCCACCCACCCUGAUGGACGCAGCUGGUUUCAGCUCCACCCACCCUGAUGGACCGAGCUGGUGUCAGCUCCACCCACUCUGAUGGACCGAGCUGGGUUCAGCUCCACCCACUCUGAUGGACGCAGCUGGUGUCAGCUCCACCCACCCUGAUGGACGCAGCUGGUGUCAGCUCCACCCACCCUGAUGGACCGAGGCCUUAUUUUUAACUGAAGUAAUUAUAGUGAUUUUUGUUAAUGUGUAAAACUCCUCGAUAAUGAGAGGGAGACAUUUAUCAGCCUCUUUCCAUUGUAAAUGCACUUUAUUUAUAAUGUAGGGCUCAGGCCAAAUGUCAGGAAGAGGAGGCGUGGCUUAAACACGUGAAGCGGGGAAACGGCUAGCUUCGCUAUGUUCGAAGGCUAGUUAACGCUAGUUAAAGCUAGUUAAUGCUAGCUGGUUAAAUUAAGCUAAACAUUUAACACGCUGUGACUCGGUUAACGUCUCCAAAGAGAAAACUAAACCACGUGUUUUUGUUUCCUUCCGACAGCGGCUAGCCAUUUCCCUGUUUACGUGAUCUUUAUGCUAAAUCACCUGGUUUAUCGCCUCACGUUUAGCACACACACACACAUAAGUGGUAUCGAUGACACCAUGAUGUGCCUCACGUAAUUUAAAAGAUACACAACUCUAUGCACCCGACAGGCAGACACACACUAGGUGUAGUGUGUUUGUGUUGUUGUAUGUUUUUAAUGGACCUCAGUCAUUUUAAUAAGUAACACAAGGGAAUCUGGUGCAAUACUAAUAAUUGUGGUGCAACUUGUCAGUUUUUAAAAUAUGAACAUUCUUCUGAAAUGACUGUGAAACCUUGAAACCACGUGGACCGUGAUCUGGGGUCAGUUUGACAGAGGGACGGCCCCUGGUUCCCUGUGGCUCACACCAGUGAUCACAGGGAACCAGUGAUCAUGAAGCUGGUUCCCUGUGGGUCACACCAGUGAUCACAGGGAACCAGUGAUCAUGAAGCUGGUUCCCUGUGGCUCACACCAGUGAUCACAGGGAACCAGUGAUCAUGAAGCUGGUUAACUGGGUCGGACUCGUCUGGUCAAUAUCACCAGAGACCAAACAGCGACACCUGGUGACAAAUCUGGGUACUGCAGUAGUAAAAAAAAGGAUAGAUCUGUAAAGGGAUGUAGAAACUAUAUAAGUAAUAAUCCAUCCAAUGAAAUAGUAUGACAUUGUAAUUAUUAUUACAAGCAAAAUAAGAUAGUAAAAUAUUCAUGAAAGUGUGAUUUACCACAUUAUGACAAUUUUAUAUGCAUCUAUAUUAAUGGUCCACUAGGCUGUUGGUGGUGAAAUGAUGUUAUAACCCAGAGUUAAACUUCUAUCCCUCCUGAAGGAGCCGGUAUGAUUUGACAACAUGGGAAACAAAGAUCUUCAUCAUUGUCAGGAGACAUAAAUAACUUGAGCUCAAAAAAGGUCUUCAGCUUUAUGACAGAGCCGCUCACACGUCUCUACAACCGUGAUGUUGUGGGUCAGAGGCAGCUCAGUUCGGAUCUCACGUUAAAGUGCGUCAGCUUCAUAACACGACAACAGUUCAGACCAAAGACAGUUGGACAACGUGCUGACGUCCAAACUGGCCCCAGGUCUGUGCUUCUAGUAGCUGGAACUCUUACAGCUUGUUUGUGUGACCUGAGGGAUCAACAGAAAAGAGUCUUCUCUUCAGAAGAUCCUCGUUUAAAAAGAACCUGGAUGACUGUAAAUAAAUAAAUGUACUUCUUCCCACACAAUGUGACUAGUGUCAGAUUUAACCUCGUCAUCUUUUUAAAAACCUGUUCAGUUGUAGGAAGUGUCACAGCAGUGAAGCUGUCCUGCUGCUGUGUCCCGAGCUCUGUGAUGGACGCUGCGACAGGACACUGUCCUUGUCCAAUGUGAGUGUGUGAGUGAAAAGAACAUGUCAAUCAAUGCAAAUCACUGAUGUUGAAUCUUAUAAAAAGAUUUUAUUUUCUGAACUUGAACUGUGACGUCCAGACAAUAAAAUGAGAACUGAAACGUU